CUCAAAACUGUCAACAGGAUUGAUACAAAAGCAAUUUUGUCUCCCCAAAGUUUGAAAUUUUGGGUUCCAUGCAGUAAAUCGCAGUCACUCACAAGCAUUACAUAUACACUCAUUCACUGACAAAUUGAAGAAAUCUGAAGACGACGAACCAGUCAGUGGUCGCUUAAACUUCAUCACUUCUGGGUUCCUACAAAAAUUAGUGAGAAGAAAAACCUAACAACAUUGAAGAGAAUUAAUACACAGUUAUUGGUGAACUGCUAGCCUUCUACUGUGUAUAUAGAUAUACCACCUGGCAUUGUGCACUGGGUUCACGAUCUACCUGGUGAUAGACCAAUCCCCUCCUCAUGUAGCUCUGGCACCAUAUAAGACGAUAGCGAACUUUUGGCUUUUGGGUCAAACAGUGCGUCAAAGCAGAGCCAGUGACCUUAAGAAAUGCAUUCAUUGGAGCUUGAACUCAAGUUGCCUAGCCUUCUCUUUUCUGCAAAAGAAUGGUGUUCCUGCAAUUCCCUAUCAUUUGGUGCAAGAAUAAAAACUCAACUAUGGCUAUAGUGAAAAUACUUGAGAAGAAAGCAGCCAACCGUUUUCCCCCCAAGAAGCCGAGAGCUGAUGCCGAUAGAGAUGGAACAAGUCGUACCAACGUGGAGGAGGCCUUGCAGGCAUAUCGAGACACACUGACUCAGAUCUUGAAAGAACGCGAUGUUAAAUGGGAGAAGAAAACUUGCUGGAACAGGCCUGACAUUGAAGCAGCGAUGCGUCUUCGAAGGCAAGGGAAAAGAUUUUUUAUGAUGAAGAAACGAAUCGGACGAAUUCCAGGGAUUAGAGUUGGUGACGAGUUUCAGAACAGGGCUGCACUAACUGUCGUUGGCCUUCAUUGCCAGUUCCGCAAGGGUAUUGAUUAUAUCAAGAACAGCAAUGGGAAAAUCUAUGCCACAAGCAUCGUUAACUCUGCCCGAUAUGACAACGACAGUGUAGAAUCUCCGGAUACCUUGAUCUACUCAGGCGAAGGUGGAAAUCCUGGCGUUACAGAUUCAGAAAAACGACUCGAGGAUCAAAAACUUGAACGUGGAAAUCUUGCGCUAAGGAAUAGUAUGGAAGCAAAAAGUCAUGUUAGGGUAGUUCGUUGCUUUAAAUGCUUAUCGGCCAGCAGCACUGCUUAUUUUUACGAUGGUCUCUACAAUGUAACAGGUUGUUGGCAAAAAAGAGCGAAAUUUGGCAAACUUGUUUAUGUGUUUUUGCUGAGAAGAGAGCCGGGCCAACCAAAAUUUGCCAUCCCGCGUAGGAAAGUCUCGAGCAAGUCGAUGAAGAGGCCUGCUACUCCUAUCCUCUGUAAAAACGACAUCUCUCAAGGGAAAGAGAAGACGCCUAUUCGCGCAGUCAAUAAAGUAGACAGUGAUGAGAGUCCUCCAUCUUUCAAUUACAUAUCCGAUACCAUUUAUCCAGAUUUCGUCAAGAGCACCGAGACCAGACAGACAGGGUGCGAUUGCAAAGAUGGAUGCUCUGAAUCUAAGCCGUGUCCUUGCAUAAUGAAGAACAAAGGGGUUUUGCCAUAUAACGACAAGGGACGUAGGACGAAUAGGAGCUCCUCCAUUGUCUAUGAGUGUGGUGCAGGGUGUAAGUGCUCUUCUUCAUGCAAAAAUAGAGUCAGCCAACGGGGAGUAUGUUCCACGUUUAAACUUGAAGUGUUCAAGACUAGAUCAAAAGCAUGGGGUGUUAGGUCGCUCGCGUGGAUUCCAAGAGAUAGUUUUGUUUGUGAGUACGUCGGAGAAGUAGUAGUACUUGAGUAUAACAACAAUGGUUUUCAAGACGCUUCUGAGCAGCGGCAGGAGCAGAAGCAGCAGCCUUUCUGUUUUCCUCUUAUGUUGUUAUCAUCAUCGGGAGGGGAAAAGAGUAGCAGGUUGGCCGUUGAUGCCGCGAAACGUGGAAAUGUGGGGAGAUUUGUGAAUCACAGUCCGUCGCCUAAUCUGUAUGUCCAACGCGUCCUCUUUGAUCAUGGAGACCCGAGAAUGCCACACAUGAUGUUGUUUGCUAAGAAGGACAUACGACCUUGUCAAGAGCUAACCCUUGAUUUUAACUGCAAUGUUGUAGCGAACCAAGCUUGAAAUGUAAGAUGAUGAAAUGUCAUCGUGGUCAGAUCAUUUAUUUUUUUAUUUUUUUUAUUUAUUUUUUUGUCAAUAACGUUGAGAUACUAUUGAGACCCUUAUUUUCAAAAGAA